AUGUCAGAUGUUAAGAAAGGCAAACCAAAAAAGAGACCAUAUAGAGAUGAAAGCACACUGACAGAAAGACAGAAAAGAUUAUUGAACAGACUUAAACAAACAGGAGAUAAACAAGAUAUAGAUGACUUCUGGAAUGAAAUCCUUGAUGAAAAGAAGUUUUAUAAGAAGAGAAGCGGUCAGUUCUGGAAGUAUCUUUGCACAUUACCUAUAAAUCUUGAACGCUACCAAAUCUUCAAUGAACUGAACAAAAGAACUGCAGCACUUAUGACAGAAGACAAUUGUUUCGUUUAUGCUUGCAUUCAGGCUGGAGUAGAUGAAGAAACUAUUGACCACAUGAGAGAAGUCAUUCGUGUUAGAGACUUUCCUCAAAGUAAAGUACAAGAAAUUUCUGACGCAACAGGUAUAGCAUUUAAUGUUACCAUUGGUUAUUUCAAUGACUCAAGACAUAAUGAAAUAAAGAGAUACAUACCAAAAGAAUGUGAAACUGUUCGAACUAUUGACUUACUUCUUGUUGAAGACCACUACAUGCUAAAUGAAAGACUUCCAAUGACAACAUAUUUCAUUCGCAACUAUAUAGAAAUCUUGAAGGAGUGUGGUGGAAUGAACAUUGAGAAACAGAUGAAAAUAUAUACAAUGAGAGAGAACAAAUAUGUAGUUCGCAUGGAUAGAACUACACCGCUAUGGGAUGUUAUGAAAACAUUGUGGGAGUGCAAAUAUUUCGAACCUAUUUCUUAUGGAGAACUUUUCACAUAUACGACUGACUUAUAUAAACAGAACCUUGCACCAUUUAAAGAUUUGACAUAUGCUCCAAAGUAUUGUGUACAACUGAAGAAGAAAGCAGAGUCAAAAGAA